AUGACAGUCAACAAGCCUAAAGAGGUACAGAGCAACAAGACUACAGAACUACACCCAAUAAGACUACAGAGCUACAGUCACCAAGACUACAGAGCUACAGUCAACAAGACUACAGAGCUACAGUCACCAAGACUACAGAGCUACAGUCAACAAGACUACAGAGCUACAGUCACCAAGACUACAGAGCUACAGUCAACAAGACUACAGAGCUACAGUCAACAAGACUACAGAGCUACAGUCACCAAGACUACAGAGCUACAGUCAACAAGACUACAGAGCUACAGUCACAAGACUACAGAGCUACAGUCAACAAGACUACAGAGCUACAGUCACCAAGACUACAGAGCUACAGUCACCAAGACUACAGAGCUACAGUCAACAAGACUACAGAGCUACAGUCACAAGACUACAGAGCUACAGUCAACAAGACCACAGAACUACAGUCAACAAGACUACAGAACUACAGUCAACAAGACUACAGAGCUACAGUCAACAAGACCACAGAACUACAGUCAACAAGACUACAGAGCUACAGUCAACAAGACUACAGAGCUACAGUCAACAAGACCACAGAACUACAGUCAACAAGACUACAGAACUACAGUCAACAAGACUACAGAGCUACAGUCAACAAGACUACAGAACUACAGUCAACAAGACUACAGAGCUACAGUCAACAAGACCACAGAACUACAGUCAACAAGACUACAGAGCUACAGUCACAAGACUACAGAGCUACAGUCAACAAGACCACAGAACUACAGUCAACAAGACUACAGAACUACAGUCAACAAGACUACAGAGCUACAGUCAACAAGACCACAGAACUACAGUCAACAAGACUACAGAGCUACAGUCAACAAGACUACAGAGCUACAGUCAACAAGACCACAGAACUACAGUCAACAAGACUACAGAACUACAGUCAACAAGACUACAGAGCUACAGUCAACAAGACUACAGAACUACAGUCAACAAGACUACAGAGCUACAGUCAACAAGACCACAGAACUACAGUCAACAAGACUACAGAGCUACAGUCAACAAGACCACAGAACUACAGUCAACAAGACUACAGAGCUACAGUCACAAGACUACAGAGCUACAGUCAACAAGACCACAGAACUACAGUCAACAAGACUACAGAACUACAGUCAACAAGACUACAGAGCUACAGUCAACAAGACCACAGAACUACAGUCAACAAGACUACAGAGCUACAGUCAACAAGACUACAGAGCUACAGUCAACAAGACCACAGAACUACAGUCAACAAGACUACAGAACUACAGUCAACAAGACUACAGAGCUACAGUCAACAAGACCACAGAACUACAGUCAACAAGACUACAGAGCUACAGUCAACAAGACUACAGAACUACAGUCAACAAGACUACAGAGCUACAGUCAACAAGACCACAGAACUACAGUCAACAAGACUACAGGGGUACAGGCACCAGCCGCCUCGUGGGCUGGUCAAGACACGCAGCAUGCACACAACAACAGGAAAUUGGAACGCCAGAACUGUCAUCCAGGAGCAACGGGAGAACUAACAAGUACCCCCUCCCCCCCCUCUACUUACAAGAGGAACAAGACAUCAUCGUAACCGUCGCUCGUGUAGGCUGUUGGGCUGUUAAUAUCCAACAGGGUUCCACGCAACUGGCGAAGCUGUAA